GCAGUGCGGCCAGUCCUCCCCUCCCCCCACGCAGGCCGGGCGGCAGGCACCUCCCAGGGCAGCCCUGGCCCGGGGUCCUUGUGACAUGAGGUCCUAUUUAGUCUGGGUCAGGUUCAGUGCUGCUUCAGGAGGGAAACUUCAGGGGGCUUUGUCCCGAGACAAAGAGCAGUGACCGGCGCCGAGCCCGGAUUCUCUGGGGGUGAAGUGAUCGCAGGUGAGCGGCUCCCAGGGGCCAGGGAGAUGGGGUGACCCCCGGGGGCCCCCCCGCACCCCUUCUCCAUAUUCCCCUCCCCCACCUUUCAUUGCGGAAUGCAGAGGCCGCAGCGUGACCCGGGUCACAGUAACCCGGGAUAGAGGGGCCGAGAGCGGCCAUUAAACUCACUCCUACUCCCAUCAGGCUGAUCCACACAGACAGCGCUGCUCACUGCCAUGCAGCCAUCCUGGGGGGCAGGCUGUCUAUGGGGGUACCCCUGCCCUCCCUGGGGGUAGGGGGGUAAAUCUGGGUACCCCUGCCCUCCCUGGGGGUAAAUCUGGGUACCCUUGCCCUCCCUGGGGGUAAAUCUGGGUACCAUAAAGCAGGCAUGGUUAACCUCUGGCAUGCUAGAUGUUAUAAUAAACUCAGUAUCACCACUUCUAGCCACCAUGCAUGGCUGAGAUUUAUAGGCAUAGCAGGGUACUGGGGGAGGCUGUGGAAUACCCGUCCCAAAACUCUCAUCUUGCCUAGGCCACUUUUAACAUGUCACUGGACUAAGGAAUUCUUGUCCGAGACCUGCCUACCCCUUCACCCUACUUGUAUUCAGAUACCAUCUCCUGUACUAAUGAAGGAUGGGAUCAGGCCAUGCUUUUACCAUGGCAUAACACAUCUAACUAGAGUUCUUAUACUUCUUCUCUGACUUGGAACAUCUGUAUUUAGGGAGGAAAACAUAAAAUGAUUGAACCCAUGCUGGCCCACUUCUAUAUCAGAUCUUCUAAAAUCUGUGGGGGAAAAAAAUAUAUUUCAAAAAAAAAAAAAAAUAUAUAUAUAUAUAUAUAUAUAUAUAUAUAUAUAUAUAUAUAUAUAUAUAUAUAUAAUAUUUGAGGCCUUUCCAGUCCUGGUUCCAGGAUUCUAAAAGUGUGUUUGUGAUAACUCCCUUGUUUGUGUUAAACUAUAGCUAUGCUUGAAACUUAUGGAUUUAUAAUUUUCAGCAUUUGCUUUUCUUAUUUAGAAUAUAUAGUAUUGUAGAUUUAUUUCACUUCCUGGUAUGAGACGCAUACCUUUUUUAAAUUCUGAAAUGCAUGGUGGCAUUUGACCCUACCAGUCUGUAGCUUCCACACUCAGAAGUACAAGCCCCAUGUGCACAUCGACUACUAUGAGAUCACUGCUUUAUUCUACUGAGCAGAACUCCUCUCAAGGGAUGUAAACAUGCUACAUGUGUUUGUGUAGAAUACUUGGUAGCAAAAGAAAAGCUAACUUGUACUUGAUGUAUGUUAUAGCUAUAUAUAUAUAUUUUUUUUUUUUUAUAUUUAAGAAUGUGGUUCUAGGUUUGGGAAGACAAGUCCAUCUUUUUCCUAAUGAACAGCAUGAUAGACAUUUUUUUUUUUUUCAUUAAAUCACUUGAAGUUCCUAUCACUGCUACCACACAGAAUUCUUUACCAAUUAGUUGCUUUUUCUUUUUUGUGCAACAUUAGACGUUGGUUGGGUUUUGUUUUGGAUUUUCUCAACAAUAAUUAUGUUGACGUACAUGUCAUUAAUAUGUCGUAAAAUAAAUUUGUAUUUUUGCUUGGACAGUGUUGCAUUAAUAGUUUAGUGUAUAUAUUGUUCAAUAUUUCUGAAAUCAAUUGCUCAAACAAUGUAUGCAACUCCAGUUAUCAAUAGUGAAAAUUAAGCUUUGCAACGGACCUUUUUUAGUAGCGUAUAUUGUAUGUUUGGCUACAGACCCAUCUGGACAUUCUUUAUUUCAGUUUGAUAGACAAAGUUUAAUUAGUUAAUAACAAGUAGGAUUUUUAGCACUUAUCUAAAGGACCCUAUCACACACCGGCUGGUGGCUAUUAGCCUAAGACGUGACUAGACCAGGACUAGGUGUAUAUCCACAGUCGGGGAUAUUACUGCCCAAGUGAUAUCAUUGGAGCUAUUUAGAAGCUCAAAAAAAAAAAUUGUAAGUGCUUUUCUUUAUUCUUUCAACUACAAAUACGCUCUAUACCAUUGUGGGUCUCUUGGGUGUGUUUUUUUUUUCUUUUUUUUCCUUUUUUUAAAUCUUGCAUAUUGAUUUGAACCUGGGGACCCCACCAAGGCGCUGCUACCCUUACACCAAAAGUUAACUGGUUGAUUACCUAAUGAGGAGAGCACAGGUGAUGAAACUUUGAUCUGGAGGACAUGCAAAUACUCCGAAGUUCUAGCACAUCUAUCCAGUUGUGUUGCAGUGCUAUCCAGAGUGAUGCUAGGUUAACUCUACAAAUGUAAAUUCAACCAAAGGGUGGACCAUAAUCAAUCUACAUAGCUUAAGGGUAGUGUAAUGAUGACUUAAAACCAUGUAAAUCCAGCUUCACAGGGAACUGUUGGCAAUCGGUAGCUGGCCCCUCAAUGUUCAAAGGCUUAAACAAAUCAAGGGUAGAUGCAAUUUUUAUGGUGUGGUAAUGUCUUUCCUACAAAGCCCUUUUGGGUGAGAUCUCCUGCAUCAGGAAGAAUCUCCUCUUUAAUUGAAACACAAUUUAUACCAUUUUUUUUAAGUCAUUUGUAAUUUUGGGUUUCUUUAGUCAGAGGUUUUAUCUACCAUAUCCACAGCUUCGGCCAGUGCUUUUGGAGUCCCAAGCGAUUUUGAGCUACUGGUGGUGUUUGUGGUGUGUGAUUUAUUUAAAUUUUAUUGCAGGCAUAAACAAAAGCAUCAUGAAUGUAUAUCCGCACAGGGCUUACAUUUGUCUGUAAUGGAGCAUCUUGUAGAUUUCCUGUGCAUGUCACUCAUUCAUAUGGAUGUAGUCUGAACAUCCUAGUUUUGGUUAUUCAUCUGUCCUCACUGACUAUACAGCAGUAGGGUAGGCGUGUCAGACCAUUCUGUAAACUGCCGUUAGAGUGAGUGGAAUUUUUUUUAUUUUUUGGGGGAGAAAUAUUGCUUUUAGCAUUUUUCCAAGUUUUUUUAUGUUCCUGCCAAUUUUUGCUCAACUCUUUUUUUUUUUUGUGACGGCUUACAGAGCCCCUGCUACUGAGAGAAAAGGAUGCUUGGGAGUGUCAUGGACAAAACUAUCAAAGGCUAGGAAAACUUAAAGGAUCACUAUAGGGUCAGGAACACAAACAUGUAUUCCUGACCCUAUAGUGUUAAACCCACCAUCUAGCUACCCUGGGCCCCUCAUGCCUCCAUAAAUAUAGUAAAACAAUCUUACUGAAUUCAAGCCUGAAGCUGUAACUUUGCAUGCUGUUACUCAGAAAAACAAGCAGUCUGCUGACAUCAGAAGUGGUAGCCGUAUCCAAUCACAAUGCUUCCCCAUAGGAUUGGCUGAGACUGACAAGGAGGCGGGGCAGUGCCAGCAUAAUUCAAACACAGCCCUGGCCAAUCAUCAUCUCCUCAUAGAGAUGAAUCGAAUCAAUGAAUCUCUAUGAGGAAAGUUCAGUGUCUGCAUGCAGAGGGAAGAGAUACAUAAUGUUUGGAUGCAUUUUAGGCAGCCAUGACCCAGGAAGGAUCUCUAACAGCUAUGAGGAGUGGCCAGGAAAGUUAUUACUAGGCUGUAAUGUAAACACUGCAUUUUCUAUAAAAAGACAGUGUUUACAGCAAAAAGCCUGAAGGUAAUCUACUCACCGGAACAAAUUCAAUAAGCUGCAGUUCUGGUGACCUAUAGUGUCUCUUUAAAUAUUUUAAACUUGCUACAGCUGUGAUACUACCAAUUACCCUUCUGAUAUCCAAGGACAUUUUACUCCGUGUCCUUUCCAAUUUGUGGAUUUAGUGAGAUACCAAGUUGGUAAGUGGAAAAUCUAACAUGAAGUUGUAUCUUUAUUGACCUUCAUACAUGAUUUUUUACGUAGUCCCACAGGUGAAAUGUGGCAUUUAACCAUUUCCGGUUUGCCAUCACUGCAUCUCGUGGUGGUGUCAUCUGUAGGUCCCAAUCUUCUAUGUUUGCUGAUGAGGUAAGGGCAACAAUGAUGCGACUCCUGGCAGAUGAAGUCACUAGUAACUGAAGCGGAAGGGGGUGGUUCAAGGAAAAGAACCUGUGAUUUAUGAAGAGUAUGUAAUAAGGAAGGCUAUGUAAAUCCAUUGCCUAACAUUGCAUGGAUCUUUAUGCAAUAGACAAUUGGCUUUACAAAGUGAGCAGCUGACGAGGGAGAAGAACCAAUGGUUACCAUUGUAGAGUUGAGAAAGUCUGGUGUGAGAAAAGACCACAUACUGGCCAUAAAGAGUUAUUUGCAUCUUAAUUUGUGAAUGCUCACAUAAUGUUCUUUAAUUUGUAUAUAACACCAUAUAAUCAGGCUUACUAAAAGCAUCACUGUUAUUCUCCUCCCUACCCCUCCUCCCCCCACAAAAUAUUUAUGAAAUUCUCAUGAUGACUGUGUUGGGGUUUCAUUUAAAUUACAAUGAGCCCAAAAAGAUAUAGGACAAAGUAGGGACUAAACUCUUAAUGGUAAAUCCCUAAUGUGACGAAAGGUGGAGCUAACCCCAUCAAGUUUUGUCACUUCCCACACCUGUUGAUGGCAAUUGCUGUGUCAAUUAUGCAUUGUCUCAAUGAGCAGGAUAAUGCAGAUCUAAAUUUGCUCUUGCGGAUCCUCCAUAGACCUAGGUUUCUGUACUCUUGCACGUAUGCAAGAUUACAGCAUUGAUGUGGGCUCCUGGUGGAUGAAGUGCCAAGAUCUGAAGAUCAAAGUCGUCGCCUGCAGGAAAGAGCAGCAGUUGAGUAAAACUCACUGCCACUACUCAAGGCUGAUGUUCCCAACUGGGGUCUUUGCAAAAUAUGCAAAGACACCAGAAGGUGACAGAGCCACUUUAAGGACUCUUGCAGCUAUAUAAAAUUUGAAAUUGGGCAUAUGCACAAUUAAAAUAAAUCAUCCACAAAUAGCAGAAAUAUCCUAUUUGAUUCUCACAGUAAUCAGUAUUUCCAUAUAUUCAGAGUAUUCUGUGACUUGUUUUGUAUCCACAAUUCACUGCAUGCAUAGUCAGUAUCCAUUAAGUUGUUUAAGAGAUUUGCACUGAAUGCCCUGCUGUGCCUUUGCAAUUGCUGCAAAUUAAAAAUAUUUGCUGUCCUGGUGUCUGUCAAGCCCUCGGCGUGUGUAUGUAAUAUUUUGAAAAUUAUUUUUAUUGUAUGCAAAGGGAGUUUUUUUUGUGCAUUAAAGUUACACUAGCACUUGCAUUUUAAAUAACAAUACAUUUUUACCACUUCCAGCAUUUGGCCAGGAUGGGGUUGUUAAUUUUCAGCUUUAUCGCUUUAGACAAGGUCCACGUUUGCCUCAUACUGCCAGCCUGUCUGGUGUCUGCGCAAGCAAACAUGGAAUCUAAAUGUGGCAAUACACCAACCCUUCUGUAUAGAAGCCGAUUUUUAACUAAACUUCCUGACAUUUUAUAUCCUGCCAUCGCUAGUCCCCUGUUUAAAGUCACGAUCAAUUGAGGUGGCUUUUAUUUUUCUUUCUAUCUGUCUAGCUAUACAAUUUUAUAUAGAAACCUAUUUGGCAGUGCUGUAUUAUUGGUAAACAUGAUAAACUGUGUGGGGUUUUUUUUUUUUUGGGACUCUAUAGUUGCCAAAACUUUGUCUUAAGGCAGUCUUGGUGUUUAGAUCAUCAUCCUCCUCCCCUCCACCCCCCCUUGCAGUGACGCUGGCAAUAAUGGCAAUUGGCAUGGCUGGCAUACCAGGGUUACUGCUCAGGGAGAACUACUUGACCUCUCUUGACAAAUGGGUGACAAAUCUUUAUGCACCAUGUGCUUCUUCUCUGUGUAGUUGAGUUUUGUGCUCACAUAAUUUCUGACUCUAUUUUAAAUAAUAUAAAAAAAAAUUUAUAUACACACGUACCUCCUGUUAAUUGAAAAUAAUACCUCGAUUUACACUUAAAUAACUGUUGGGUUUUAUUUUUAUUUAAAUCACCUGUGCAUUGAGGCUGUGCGUUUGAAGUUAUUUUUGGCUAGAUUUACACUGCAAACUGUGUAGAAUAUUUUUUUUUUGUGUGUGUACAGGACUGCUCUACAAACCUACUAUGCUAAGUGUUAAAUGUAAGCAAGUCUGCUCUUAUGUGUUCAGUUAGGGGCAAUGGUCUUCAAUGACACUGGCACAUGUGCUUUGUUUAGACCCCAGUAUAUUGGUAAUACCCCAACCAACCCUAGAAGCCCUGACAGACCACUACAGCAACCAGAGUGUUACCCAUUAAUCCCAGCCAUCCAGCAAAUGUCCAAAGCGUUUGUCAAAGUUAUGGCAGACUCCUCUACCAGCUUCAUGGAAUUAUUAUAAUAUAUAUAAUAUAUAUUUAUUUUUUAUUUUUAUUUUUUCCCUUUUCUGCUAUUCCCACUACUGCAACUUGAGGCCUCCAUUCUUCUUGUGCAGGAGUGAAUCUCUGGUUUUGGCUGACUGCAUGCGCAAUAAUGUAAAGCCGAUCCCAAGCCAACAUUGGCAGGUUAUGCAAAAAAAUCAUUACUACAGUGCAAAUAAAACUUCAAGGAGAUGCAGUUAGAUGUAACUUGCAAGUGAACAAUGUGAUUUUUAUUUACUACAAGAUUUAAAAGAAGCAACAUUGUGUAACUCCUAAUGCACCAAAAAUGGAUAUUACUCACUGUUAUUACAUAUCACACUCUUUGGUGGAAGAAAGGGUGAGACCUGCUGCCAAUCUUACGUAUUUCUUAAAUACAAAUUAAAACAGAAAAUGAUCUUUGGAAAUGCCACCCAAAUUAGGUGUGGUGGGGACUAUAAUAAGUAGAAUAUAUAAUUGUUACCAUACACAGCACAAUAUGGUGUAUCCUGGUGACAGGCACACAGAUAGCAAAGUGUACAAAUACACUUUGCCCUCACCGGGCUGGUAAAAUUCCAAUUUCAAUCUGCACAGCAAACCACAAACCGCAAUGUUUAUCUAUCUAGUUUCAACUCUGGGAGCCCAAUCCAAAUUUGUUCAAAUCACUGGAAAUAUCCUCGCUCGACUCGUUUUAAACAUAUUCCUGACUCUAGUAGUAAAAGGACUAUUUUUUAAAUGUAUACACAGCACCAUAUUCCUCUGGUGUAUUAGCUUGGGGGGGAGUGGAGAAGUGUGUGGCAAGUUAAUAAGAUCAAGGAGAAGAUUAAUACAUAUGCAUGUUUGGAGGAGGUUGGUGUAUCCAGUGCUUUCUGUAAUUGUUACAGCUUUCCUUUUCCUGGGUGAAAUCCAGUUCCUGCAUUUUGCCUGUCUGGAUUAUACACUUGUUUUAUUAUACAGUAGUUUAUCACCUAGUACUAUGAACAGCUCUGUGGGAGGGUAGGCCAUGAGGGAGACUAUUUCCUGCACAGCAAGAGUCUAGUUUCGGAAUCUGGAGUAAUACAUUUUAAUAUGAUCCUAACUUUUGUAGUUUUUCCCCACCUGAAAACUGGAAAUACAGGUUAUACCCUAUAGUGGUCCCACUCCCGUGGCGCUGAAAGGGGUUAAAACCCCUUCAGCAGCUUACCUUAUUCCGGCACUGGUGACCUCUCCUCCCCUGCUGACGUCAGCUCCCGAGUGGAGCGGCUAGUGCCGCGCGCAUUCAAACAGUCCACAGGAAAGCAUUUCUCGAAAUUCGCCUCUAGCGGCUGUCAGGAAGACAGCCACUAGAGGUUGGCUUAACCCCUAAUGUAAGCAUAGCAGUUUCUCUGAAACUCAUGUUAACAUAUGAAGGGUUAAAACAUAAGGGACCUGGCACCCAGACCACUUCAUUGAGCUGAAGUGGUCUGGGUGACUACAGUGUCCCUUUUAAAUAAACCAAACCUUUCAGGCUCUGUGUGAUUUGUCUCUUGCCCUGGCAUAACUAUUCAUACUUUGCAGAAGAGCAGUGGUGAAAUAUACUAUUUCAUGACAUUCCAACAACAAAUGUAUGUUGUUGGAUGUUUAUGGUUGCUGUUUUGAAAGAGCAGAAUGUGUCCCUUGAUCUCUGGCAGGGAUUUCUUUGCAUAUGCCUGUUUGUGUACAUGGCUAUAUGUAAUAUCUCCAGAUAUGUAAUAUUCCUUAUACAUUAGCAGACAAUAUUUAGGUCUACUAAUUCCCCAGUGGUGAUGAUAAAGUAAAAAAUGCUCAUUAAAUAUUCAGUUUAAUUUUUAGCACCUCUCCUCCCAGAAAGGUCUUGAUGUCUGCGGUCAUUCCACAUGGAAUGGUGACUCUUAACACUGUUAAAUGCUUCUCUAUAAAGAAUUAAUUGACAGAGCUCUGUUUGCCAUGCGUACAUCAUAGGUUCUUAAUGCUUGUCUGAGAAGCAUCUAAUUGGAACAGAGAUGAUCAAGCCGGAAGAGACUGUCUGACUGGAAAAUUGUGGGUGGUUAAUACAAAUAUUUAUUUUUUUGUCUCUAUUUCCUUCAUAUAUCUUGUUGGAGUAAAUGUCCUAAUAUCUGUUCCUUCUGUUUUUAAACUUUGUCCCAAAAUACAUUGACUGCAUUAAACAGCUAGAGGAUGAUGGCAAUUGUAGUCCAGUAAUGUCUGAGAUGCCUGCUCUAGAUGCAAUUUUUAGCAUACUGUGUGUUAAGCCAUUUCUGACAUUCACCCAGUAAAAAAGUUUUGAGCGUUUUCACUAGAUGGCGCCAACAACUUGUGAAAUAACUUGGGUGUGUAGUGGGACUUGUGGCUUUUAUUUAUUUUUAUAGUGUUCUGUAUAUACUAUAGAUUAACUUUUAUUUUAUAUUUUUACACAAUAGGAAUCUGAAAUGUCUGGCAUUGCCCUAAGCAGACUCGCACAAGAGAGGAAAGCUUGGAGAAAGGACCAUCCUUUUGUAAGUAUAGAUAUUCACUCAAAACUCCCACUAUACUCUAGUGCUACAUUCUCACUAGCGUGUGUGUGUGUGUGUGUGUGUGUGUGUGUACACUAUUAAAAGCUGGAUGGACAGGUAGAAUCAAUGUUGUAAAGGCCUAUUUGAUCCCUAAAUGGAGCUAUGUAUUCCGUAUGCUACCAAUGAAAAUGCCUAAACCAUGGCUCCUGAUGAUCCAAUCAGUCUUAGAUAAAUAUAUAUGGAUGGGGAAAAAACCUAGGGUUAGUAAAAAAAAAAUCUUGAACCUAAACUAGGAGGGAUGGGAGUUCCCAAUAUUACAGAUAUUUAUGAAUCUUGCUCAUUGGCACAUAUUAUUUCAUCUAUGAAAGAGAGCUCUAGGGGAGAAUCAUGAGCAAAGAUUGAAGCUAAAAGAGCAGAAGUUCCAGAUCUAAUGGCUCUAUUUUGGAAUAUACACAAAGGGGAGAGAGAUGAUAUGGGUCUAAUUCUAGAUAACUUAUUGGCUCAAUGGAGAAUCUGGAAAAGACUUAAAAUUACAGAUAAAAUUAUUGAUCUACCAUGCAGGUUUUGUCUAUUAAUAUUAAGGAUCUUAAUCUUGAGCCAUGGUUAAAUAAAGGCAUUAAUAGAAUAAAUCAGUUAUUUCAACAACAACAGAUUAGACCUUUUGAAGAGAUCAAACAGGCCUUUUCUCUUUCCUACAGAGAAAGUUUUACGUUUUUAAGGAUAAAAUACUUCUUAAUGAGACAUAGAACAGUGGAGAUCCCUGAGGAAUUACAAAUGUUCAUAAAUUUAUUAAAUAUCACACAUAGUAAAAAUUUAGUUUCUAAAUGCUCCAAUAUCUGUAGUAAGUAUAAGCCACUCCCUGAAUUUCCAGCUAUAAAAGCUUGGGAAAAAGAUAUACAAAUUAGCAUUAUGAGAAGUGAAUGGCUUAAGGCUAAUAAUGCAGUAAUGAAAGCUUCACAUUGCUUAAAUCUAUCGGAAAGUCACUAUAAGGUUAUCAACAGAUGGCAUUAUGUACCAGCUAAAUUAGCAAAAAUAUAUCCAGGUAACCAAUAUCACUGCUGGCGUUGUGCUUCCCUUAUAGCAGAUUAUGUGCAUAUAUGGUGGUCAUGUCCGAUUAUAUCUCAAUUAUGGCAAAAGGUAGCGAAAUUCUGUAGGGAAGAAAUAGAAGUGGAUCUUGAUCUUACUUGUAGUUCUAUGAUAUUACAUAUGGGAUGGCCCACAAUUCCGAAGGAUAAAAAAGAAAUAAUUAUCCACAUUCUUGUAGAAACUAAAGCCACUCUCGCAAGAUUUUGGAAAACCUCAGAUUCCCCGUCAUGGGAGAUGAUAAAACAUCAGGUCUUGAAUAAUUGUAAAAUGGAAAUAGGGAUAUUGAGAAGAUAAUUACAAUCCACGAAUUGAACAAUGGCAGAAAUGGAUUGCAAAAUUAGGAAGAAGUAAUGUGACUUAAUAUAUACUAAGGUUUAUACGUCUUGGAAUUGUAGAUAGGGUAGUGGAUCCUGUGCAUAAAUGUAGAAAAAAUAUUUGUCAAAGAUUAUGGUUUUAGGUUCCUAGGAGCAAUAUGCGACUAACUCUCAGCAAAGGGCAGCUUUUUUUUUUUUUUUUUUAAUAUAUAAGGGGAGAAGGUAAUAUAUAAGGGGAGAAGGUAAAGGAAGGAGGGAAGAGGUGAAGAAAGAGAACAAAAGGUGGAUAAAGCCUUUUUGGAUUUAUUGUAAAUCUUUCUGCAUUGAAGGUGACUGAAUUGUAAUGUUUUUAUACACAUUUUUUUGUUAUUUCUUUUUUUUUUUUUUGAUGUUUAUUGUCCAAUGUCUGUUUAUUGUUGUAACAAUGUUUGUGAAUUCCUUUUUGUUUGUGAAAAGAAAGUAAAUAUUAUAAAAGAAAAAGGAAUGAAAAACUUUUUCAAUAAAGAUUAAAUAUAUAAAAAAAAAUAAAAGCUGGAUUAGUGUUGGGGACUAUUAAAAGCUGGAUAGCAGCUUAGCACACAAAUGCCAAGUCUUGUUAAUAGUAACUUUUGACACCCAGCUUGUGCAAUACCAAUGUAUUUUUCUCAUCCAUCUCCUCAACUUCAGGGUUUUGUGGCAGUUCCAACAAAAAAUCCAGAUGGUACGAUGAACCUGAUGAACUGGGAAUGUGCUAUUCCAGGCAAGAAAGGGGUAAGCUUGAACAUUUUCAUGAUGUGCUAUAGUGUUUAAUCCAGCCAGAUUUACUGGUUCAUCUGGUUGCUACUUAAUUGGCCAUACCCAGCUCGAGUUAUUGUUGCAUAAGAGGGUAGAACAUUGAGAGGGAGUACAACAAAAAAGUGGCAAGCACCUAUUUUAUGUAAAGAUAACCCGAAGACUAACCAGACAUAUCUGUAUCUUUGUAUGAAAAUUCAUGGCAGGUGUUCCUAAUAUUAGGAGCUACCGCUUUCAUUCUGAAGGCUGACCAAGUGAAACAUUGAGGGUCUACCUCUCUCAUCCAUAUAGUAUGGGGACUUGGUUAAAGGGACACUAUAGUCACUAGAGCAACUACAGCUUAUUGUAUUUGUUCUGGUGAGUAGAUUCAUUCCAUUCAGGCUUGUUUGCUGUAAACACUGUCUUUUCAGAGAGAAUGCAGUGUUUACAUUACAGCCUAGUAGUGACUUUUCUGGCCUCUCCUCGGAUGGCUAGUAGAGGUGCUUCCUGGGACAGUGCUGCACAUUGCACGCAGAGGGUGGAGACACUGAAUGGCAGUGCUGCACAGACACUGAACAUUCCUCAUAGAGAUGCAUUGAUUCAAUUCACCUUCAGGAGUAGAUGCUGAUUGGCUAGGACUGUGUUUGACUUAUGCUGGAUCUGCCUGCUUGACAGUCUCGGCCAAUCCUAUGGGGAAGCACUGUGAUUGGCUCAGACCACCACUUCUGAUGUCAGCAAACACGCAGUUAAAAAGCAAACUGGGGCAGAGCCAGGAGCUGCAAACUUGAAUACAAUUAAGAUUCUACUAUAUUUAGGGGGGCCAGAGAGGGUAGAAGGUGGUUUUGACACUAGUGUCAGGAAUACAGGUUCCUGACCCUAUAGGACUUCUUUAAUCUUCCUGCCCUCUUGCAGUACACACAGGGACUGUUGGCCACCUGGGUAGCCGGCACACUUCACACUGAGGGAGUAUUCCUUUGUAACAAAAUGGAAUUUCUCUCUAAAGGUAUACACCUUUUUAUCAGCCACCUAGGUUCGACCUCGGUUUAAACUAUGUUCCUUUUAAGUUUAGUUGUUUAACCCGUUCUGGUUUCCUAUUUAAAAAAAAAUAUUAUUAGAUUGUGUUAUGAACCAGUUGUGUUCAGGUGCUCCCUGCAUUACAGGAGAUGUGGUAUAAAGGCUCUAAAAGCAGGAAAUCGGUUCACUUUGAUGCUUUUGUGGUAUGGCACCAGCUCGAAAUGGGGUGUGUGCGUGUGCAUAUUUAAAAAAAUAAAAUAAAAAAAAAAUAUAUAUAAUCUCUUUAGGACUUUUGUGUAUUUUGUGGCAUAAGCAAAGCUGUCUAUGCAUUUGUUUUGGCUAGCACAAACUUUGCCAUGCAUCAAAGGUGAAAGAGGCUGAAUCAGUGGAAGAAUUAAAACCUUGAAUAGACAUUAUUGCAGUAAAGCCUGUGCUUUUAGAUUGGGGAAAUGGGAAAACCAGUUGAGCACAGAGUACUCUAAACACCUGCUGUUAGACUUUUAUUUGUGGGCUGGAUGAACCAUUAUAUAUUGCUUCCAUGAGGUUCCUAUCUGAUGGAACGCACACUUUGUGGGCCACAUGAAACCCAUUGACAAAGUUUAGCAAUCAUUGUCGAUCAGUGUUUUCCAAACUGUGAGUAAUUUGGCUCUGAAAUUACUUUGUAUGCCUAAUUGUAUUCGAUUUGGAUUUCUAUUUUAGAACUUCCUUCUGCCUAUAUUUUUGUGGUACAUCCUUUUACUUUAGAAUGUUUAGUACUGACUUACAUACACCCUAAUCUGUAUGCAUGCUUAGAGCCUAAAUAUUAAUAAUAUAAAGAAAAAUAAUGUGGUGAUUGGAAUUUGUCUUGCUAAAGUUUCAGUUGUGUGAUUUAUUUUAUUUACAGACCCCAUGGGAAGGGGGGCUAUUUAAACUACGGAUGCUUUUUAAGGAUGAUUAUCCCUCCUCGCCCCCAAAAUGUAAGUAGUAGGGAAAAAAAAACCCAAAAAAACUAGAAAUGUUGUCUUCAAAUAUAAGAUGGCAGUUUAGAUUUCAUAUGUACCUGAAAAGCUCUUAAAGAGGAGCGGUCAUUUGGCUAAUUUAAGCACAAACUUCUGAUUAACAUGUAGCUAUUUUGUGGUGUGUUGGUUGUGUUUGUUUUUUAUUUUUUAUUCUAUGGCCUUUGCAUACUUGCCGGCCAAGGCCUGAUAAAGUAUGUAAAUUACUUGACGCGAGCCGUUCAGUACUUAACCUCCACCCUUCAUGAAACCUUUUUUUUUUAAAAAUUAUUAUUUAGUUUUUUUCACUUCCAUGAACUGCCGGAGAAAACACCACGUGCAGUAUACAGAAUUUAUCAGUUGCCUGUGGAAGUGACUGAUUCUAUUUAAGUUUUAUGUGAGAGAGGGAGGUUAAAUUCAUAUGCAGCUUAUUUAAAUAAAAAAAUUACUUCAAAGUAAAUUACUAACCUAUCUCUUUAAUGUUAUAUAGGUAAAUUUGAGCCACCUUUAUUUCAUCCAAACGUCUAUCCUUCAGGCACAGUGUGUCUGUCUAUCCUAGAAGAAGAUAAAGACUGGAGGCCAGCAAUAACGAUCAAGCAGGUAAUUAUAAAGAUUAUCCUAAAAUAACACGUGCUGUUUUGGGGUUGUGUUUUUUAAACUUGCUCCGUCUUUCAACUUUUCUUAAUUUUAGAUCUUGUUAGGAAUACAAGAACUACUAAAUGAACCAAAUAUACAAGAUCCAGCCCAAGCAGAGGCAUACACAAUCUACUGGUUAGUAUUGCUUUUUCUUUUAAAAAAAAUUAUAUAAAUGCCUACGGUUUUCUUGGAAAAUUCAAUAUGCACAGGCUUUUUUAAUAUCCUUGAUGGUGCAAGGUAGCCCACAUUAAAUACCCUAAAUAAAUUCAAUGAAUACAUAUGAUCCUGCACUCAGUUGUAGACAUAAAGUAAAAUAUCGGUUUAUUAUUCGAUCCAUUAAAAAGUAAAUAUCUUGCACUCAGUGAAAAUAUAUACAUAUGGCAGAAGACCAGUUUAUUGCGUAAAGCUAUAUCCUAUAUGGACUCAACCAUGCAACACCUUGGGUGAUAUGCUUAGCCAAAAAGGAAAAAAGUCCCUAAUUGAUAUGCCACCUCAAUAACCAGUAUUAUAGUUUGAAUGAAAGUUAUAUAGGUAAAGACCCUAUCUGCAAUCAGCAAUACUUGUCUGCACAUAAAAAAAUUAUAUACAGUCCCAGUGUGUACACACUAAAAAAACUGCAAAACACCAGUCCUGGGUAUAGCUGAUUUGAUGACUCUUGGUAUUGUGGCUUCUCCAAAUCUGUAUGUGUGAUAUUACUCCGGCGUGUAUCAAAAUGAUUGCAGAUACUUUAAGUCAGUCUCUGGUUGCCUUGGGUUUUGGCUGUCGCUAGCGUACCUGGGCUGCGUGCUCGGGACUACAUCCGUCCCUUCGAAAGCCCUAGUAGUUAAAUAAAAUCUAUUUAUUGCCCCUAAUUGGCGCGCCCACCUAUCUACGUGGGUCGCACCUGUCGUGCAUGCGCGCUCAUUCGAAUCGGUUUCCGGGUGUGAGUGCACUUUGUGUAUUUCCAAGUGUCCAUUGACACUCAUGUGAUGACGUCUUCCACUUUUGUCAGAAGCAUCACAAUAACUUUAUUAGCUUGCUAGCAAGUUAAAGUCAGGAUUACAACAACUUUAUUGUCUAACUGACAAACAAUUGGUAUAAUGCGAUUUCUUAGUCUAUGAUAGACCUUAUGCUUUAAAGUGUUCUAUAGAAUAUAAAGCUUUAUUGGAUGUUUCCUUGUACAUGUAAGUCUUGUUAAAACACCACCUCUUUAUGGAUUAUUGAGCACUGUAAAAGGAAUUGUACUACUAUGUAGGUUAGGUAAGAGAAUUAAUGAGCAACUAUCUAUAAGUUCUUAAUCAAAGCGUAAAGAAUAUAAGUGGAAGAUUAGAAUACAUUAAUAUAGAUCCAUAGACAAACAUUAUAUAAUAACUAACCUCUGUAUUUUAUUGAGGUAUAUUAAACUGUUUCACCAUAAGCUUUUCGGUGUACCAUAGCGAUUGUGUUAAGGCACAUUGUGAAUGUGCUAGACUACUCCGAAACAUGAUGUAAUGAUGUUACAUUGAUAUCCUGUAAUUGACUCGAUACCUGUAUGUUGGUAAAUGUUUGUAUUCUAGACACCCAUGUGUCUAAGAAUAGCCAAAAAGUAACUUACUGAACAUGCUAUAUUGUAAGGCUUGGUUAUUCUAAACUGCUUACUACAGAGUGCAAAGACAAUCAGGGGUACACUUUCCACUACACUCCAUUCAACUAAAUGUUCAAAUGAGGGCAUACUCCCCAGUGGUGUAUCCUCUAAAGUGGACUCCAGUCGGGUAUCGGACCGUGUAAGGUCAACCUAGUUAGAGGCAUAUGGAGAGUUUGAGACACAAAUGGACCAACCCUGGUUGAAAUCAUAUACAGGAAAAAUGUAAUUGCAUAUUAGUUUAGAGAAUUCAUGCUGAUGUUUCAACUAAAUAUUUAUUUGUUAUUAGUGGGGUUUUUUUAAAGCUAGACCCACUCUCUAUAGGAAGUGUUUAAGGUCAUAAUCCUCAUUCAAACCCUGAGGGUGCAAUGCAAAUACUUAUCUGUAACGGAUCACCUGGCACCCCGAUUGGGUACCUCCGUUGAAGGAUGCUCCUAGCGCUUCCUGAGGACUCCAAGCACUGCAGCAGACACCACAACCACUGAACCGGAGAAGCAUAUGAAUGCUGUAAGCAGCUGAACAGGAAAAGCAUACAAUCCAAUUCCCCCAAUGACGACACUUCGUUUUGAGGUCAAGCAGAACUGAUUUACUGGGGCUACCUGCCUGGCUUUUAUGCAGGUCUCCCACCUGGUGGACACUCCCCUAGGGGACCAGAUGGAAGACUGGGAAACAUAUUGGACAUUGACCAAUCACAAGCUUACAAUCCCACAAUGCAUCACAAUCCCUCCUCUCUGUCCUGGAGAUAAUUGGGAAGUAAUCAAAUUAUCUCCAAGGACAGAGGCAAAACUCCAUUAACCACAUGGCAGACAAAGGACAAUAAGACAUUAACAUACUGUUACAUUAUCACAUAGAACAUACAUAUUCUACCUAUCCCCAGAUAGAUUAGAUCUGAGCGCACAUUACCGAAUGGCACUCAGAUCACAUACAUACAGUUCAAUCGUCAUGGAGCCAAAGUCUCAUACAGUCUUUCAGUAUACGGCUGGGCUCCAUGGCAUAGCUAUCUGGGGUAGCGUGGGUUAAACAGUAAAGUACCGAAUGGACUAUUGUUCGGAUAAUUGACUGCAGGUAGGAGAAGGGAGGUCGGUGGCUUAGCGGUGUUCGUGACUUUAACAGCCUGCAGAAAGGCACAAACCAGCCUUUCUGCAGGGGAAAAAGAACCAUGUUAAACAUGGGGCCAUAGUCCAGCAGCAGGAGGCGGGCGACCAGGCUCCUCCAGUGGCGAGGUUGGUUCCGCCACAUUAUCCAUUUUGUGUCCUUCUGUAAUAAGUUUUUGUCUGUAACCUCUGUAGGGUUUUGAUACUGUCAGUUACUUGGAAACUUAGUUGGUUCACAUUGUGUUCUUUUGCUUAAAGUGUCUUGGAACUGGAUUAUCACAUACACCUCGCUGUAAGGCUGCUCUAAUGUCUCUCUUGUGCUCCCCAAUGCGUUCUUUGACCGGCCUAAUCGUCUCCCCCUCAUAAAGGAACCCACAAGGACUUUUCAAAAUAUAAACCACAUAAUCGGAGUUGCAUGUGUAAUAAUCAUGAAUCUUGUACAAGAGUAAUUCUGCAAUAUGCCAAGUAUUUUUAUCCUAAAAACAAUAACUUAAAUUGGGGAUGAUUAUUUAGAACAGGGUUGCCCAAAAGGUAGAUUCCCCAGAUGUCUUAACUCUACGACUUCCAUAAUGUUUUGUCAGAGCAUCGUAGGAGUUGUAGUUCUACAGCAUCUGGGGAUCUACCUUUUUGAGCACCCCUGGCUUAGAACUAUAGGAUUUUGCUCUAAAGGCAAAGGUUUGCUUAAAGUGUCCUGCAAACGGCAUAGUAAACGUGUGAAUCUGUCUAUGCACUGUGUAGAUGGAAAGAUACACUAUGUAUAUCUCUAAUCUAUCUACUACAAGGGUGCUGCUGGGGUCAAUUCAUACAUGAUCCAGUGCACUUACUCAUUCACUGAACAGCAGUAUUCCUGGUAUGCAGUGGUUAUCUACCAAAAGUUGUGCAAAAUAGCCUGGGUCAUGGGCACCCAAGGUUCAUUGAUGCAUGUGGGGAGCAAAGGCUGUGAUUGAAAGUUGUCAGAGUGCCCAUAAUGACACCUGUCAAUCGGGAAAAGCACCUAGAACGAAGACAUGAGUGUCAGGACUGGACCAUGAAGCAAUGGAAGAAGGGUCCCAUGUCUGAAUUAUUUUUUUCUUUUAGAACAGAUGGCCGUGUGUGUCGGUCGUUUACCUGGGCAAGAGAUGUCUGUGGCAUGCAUUAUAGUGAGGAGGCAGUGUUAUGUGCUGGCCACUGUUCUGUUGGGGGAAACCCCUUGGGUCCUGGCAUUCAUGUGGAUGUUACUUUGACACCUACCUAGAGACUGUUGCUGGUCAUUAACACCUUCAUGGCAAUGGUGUUCUUAGAUGGCAGUGGCCUAUUUCAGUAGGAUAAUGCACACUGCAAAUAUUAUUCAGUGAUGGUUUGAGGAACAUGACAAAAAGGUCAUGGUGUUGCCUUAACCUUAAAUACCUCAACUUGAGCAUCUGUGGGAUGUACUGGAACAGAUCCAAUCCAUGAAGGACCCACAUUGUAGAACUUAAAAGAUUUGCUAGUGUCUUCGUGCCAAAUGCUACAGGACCUGUCUUGGACGUCUUGUUGAGUCCAUGCCUGAACGCAGCUCGAGCAAAUUUGUGUACAAUCCUACAUUGCAUAAGUCUUUCACACCACUUUUGUCAGGCCCUAUCCUAGCAACCUAAUACCUGCUCUUAUAAGACUAAUCCUUAUGUUCGUCCCCCGUCUCUCUCCUCUUCUCCCCCCCCUUAAAGUAAAAAAAAAAAAAAAGCAUUGGAUCUUGCAUUUUAUUAUUAUUAUUAUUAUUAUUAUUAUUAUUAUUAUUAUUAUUAUUAUUAUUAUUUCCCAGAUCACUAACCUUGUGGAUAUAUAUAUAUUAUUUUUUUUAUUUUCUCAUUUCAGCCAAAACAGAGUGGAAUACGAAAAAAGAGUCAGAGCACAAGCUAAGAAGUUCGCGCCAUCAUAAGCUUCAAGUGUGAAAUCUUAAAAUAAAAAAAUUUAAAAAGGAAGGGAUUGGUUUGGCAAGAACUUGUUUACAAAUUUUUUGCAAAAUUGAAUGAUGCUAAAUACAAUUUAAAAGUCACUUAGGGGAGGGGGUCGUAUGUGUGCCAUUUCCCAUUUCUGCCACUUGUAUAGAGUUCUAAAUUUGCUGAAUAUCCCCCUCGUUUUUUCAUACAGGGUCUCUUCCUUCAGUCUUUUUGUAUUUUGAUUGUUAUGAUGUAAAACUUGCUUUUAUUUUAAUAUUGAUGUCAGUAUUUCAACUGCUGUAAAAUUAUAAACUUUUAUACUUCUCUAAAUUCACUAGUAAUCUAUAGUUUCCUUUGCUAUCUGAUGCAGGCAUGCUUUAAACUGUUUAGAACUGUAUCUAGCCUCUAGCUGGCUGUAUUUAAAAUGUCAUAAAUUCCACCCCCUCCCCUCCCCUAAAUUUUUUCUUUUUAUUUUUAUUUUUUUCUUUAUCUUUAUCUUUAACUAGGUUGUGUUACAACCUAGAGCCUCCGAGAUUUAAACUCAGUCACAUCUUGCUUCUGCAUCACUUCCUUAUGUUUAUAUGGUGUUUUUUGUCUGUGUUGCUGUUUAGAUGAAAUAAACUGUUUAUAUAAUUUUUUUUAUUUUAUUUUUUUUCUUCAUUAUCUUUCUCAUUAAAAGGACCACGACGUGGAAAGUGUUCUGACUUGUUAACUGAAAAUUUAUUUUAUUUUUUUGUUUUUCUUAUUUAUAUAUUUUAAAAAAUAUAUUGCUGUUAUUGCUACACCAUGAUCGAAGUAAGCAAGAGACUGUAGCCUGACCUCUUGAUUAAUUUGGCUAACCUACUGUUGUCUUUGUAACAUGAAAUGCAGACUUUAAAUAAACCGCAGUAAACCAAAAACCUGGUAAGUAUAAUUUCUUUGUUUUAAAACUCAAACGUCCAUAUGAGCACUGUAUCACAUUUGCAAAUAAAGUCAUUUGGAACAGGCUGGCUCAUUUUAGUAAACAUUGGAUUUUAGGCUUUCGUUAUUCAGCAUUUAUGCAACAUGUCACUAAACACUUGCCAUUUUAGGGCAUAUGGCACAGCUAACUUUACACUUUAGCCCUACUUUUUAUUUAAUUUUCUACAGCUAGUGAAAAUCAAGGCACAGUGCUGCACUUUACAUCUUGGGGUUUAACCAAUGUUCUGGUUACAAUGACAGUCUUGAUAUGCAACUGAAACUGACAUGGUUUUUAAGAGACUGGAGUUUGGAGUAGACACUGCUUUGACAGAGUACAUUCUUAUGGCAGAGCUUACAUUUUGCAGCCUUGCCACUGCAAGCUAUAGUAUACCAUCCAGCGGUGAGUUUCUACUUGCCAGGGCUACAUUUGUACUUGCCAAGGGUUAGUGGCAAGUUAAUCUUGAGCUUUGAUUAUGGCAUGGAUCAUUGUAAAGCUGUUUUAUCAGCACUAAUCAAUGGGGUUAGGCCAGAUUAAGCACAUUGCUUUCCAGUUCCUGUUGAACUACAAAUCCCAUGAUGCUCUGUCAUUAUAUUACAAAGAAUCAAAUGAGUAAUACUGCAGCUGGGAGUCAUGUCUUGGUUUGGCCAUAAAAGAACCCUCCAAUAAUCAUGACUACAGUGACUUGUGGUUUAGGCUGCAAGUAGUCACCUGGUGCGUCCCAAUGAAAGAUGUCAAACUGUUCACUAACUUACCUGGGAUGCACUGAACUAAGCCUGGCUGUGCAGGGCUUGGCUCACUGGCUGAAAGUGAUCUGCUGCUGAUUGGCUCUGGCAACCUAGUGGAAUCUCCUUACGUGAGCUUUAAGUUCAGUGUGGAAAGUGGUGGUGGUUAAUGGGUCCCAGGGAAGUGGGAUAACUACAGUCUGCUGUACAGUGAGUUUUUUUUUUUUUAUUAUAUAUGCUUGGUGUUACUUAUGUAGCUGUUAAAAACACAAUCGCUUGCAACGUGUCUACGAUUUAAGCAGUGUUUUUAGAUGGGAUGAAAUGGUUGCUUUGUAUAAGUAAGAAAUAUCUUUUUAGAUCAAUUGUGCUGGACAGAUUUUGACAUGUCUGACUAUAAUGCUUUGUUCACCAAGCCAGAUACUGUAAAAUAGGUUUGUUUUUUAAAACUUCUAAGCUCCCCAUAUUACACUAUAGUCUCCUGUAAACUUUCCUCAUUCCAAUAAUGUAAUUCUGUCUUGUAUUAAAAGAUGAGUUGAGAAUGUGUUUUUUGACUUGUUUUAACACAUCAUGCUGAUAAAGAUUUGAUUUUAGUGUAAAAUAGUCCAUAGUUGUAGAAGAACUCACCUAUGCUGGAAUGAAAGAUUGAACUUGUUACUACAGCUCUGUCCAUAUCCUUUGACGCUUCCUAACCCCCUCCUCGCACUAUUCCUCCAAGAUAGCAGAGUCCCAGCAACCGCUAUCUAACUACACAGCUGUAAAGGAGUGAAAUUUGCUAGCACUGACGUGACCACGUUUAGGUCUGCUUCUUUGUUCGAUUAUGCGCAGAGCGCACUGCGUGUUUUUUUUUUUUUUUUUUUCUUUCUUUCUUUCUGUUCCAUACACCGAUGGAUUUUGCAACAUUGGAAGCAAUCUAUGCCCAUACAGUCACAUGUCUGCUAGAACACAAAUGCAACAAGGAAAAUCAUACUUCUAUUUAAGGCUUUUUUUUUUUUUUUCUCUUUCAUAAAUGAAAAAUUACUCAACAUUUAUUGCAAAGAUAUAUAAUCAAAUUUUUUUUUUU